AUGAAAUUAAUCAAUUAUGAAGAUGAAGGUGAAAACAAGAUAAUGACGGGUAAAAGGUUUUCUGACUUAGUAGGUUUUUAUAGAACCAAUGAAGUUAAUAGGGCAGAGAUAAUUAAGGAAAAUCAAGAAGUCAAUCAAUGUAAAUAUGAAAUUGAAACCCAAGAAGAUAAUAUAGAAAAUAUAUUAAUUAUCGGUAAAGUAGACAGUGGCAAGUCAGCUUUGGCCAACGUAAUCAGUAAUACAAAUGAGUUUGCAGAAGGUGAUGGCUCAGUUAGUGAAACUAAGAGUUUUCAAGCCAAAAAUUUUGAAUGGAAGGGAAUAAAAUACAGAGUUUGA